GAGAUGAAAGUAGGUACAGAACCAGAGAAAGAUGACAUAAUCCCCCUGGCCACCAUCGGUGUGAACACAUCAUCUAGUUUUUACAUUCUUAACGAUAAAAUCUGGAUCGACGGCGUCCAGGCACCCUUAAAUGUAUCCGAACUUGCUGAUCCUUCGACAGCUAACCUGUACAAUACGAGUGAUACUGCCCCGAUGUUUCUGAUGGAACCAGGACGCUGUCUUUACAUUACAAUACUGGCACGUGGACCAUCACACUUAGCAAGUACUGUACACAAGGCACCGCUAUGUAUUGCAAGGAGCACUGACGCCUCAAUGAAUUCCUCAACACAAACACAAAUCGUGGUGUAUGCAGUCAAGACCUCUAUGACAACAAUACAAGGCGACGUUGAGGCAUUGUCGGACUUGAUUGUCAACUACACAGGGUUCUCCGGAUACGCCAUUAUUGGCCGGUUAUCUGAUUCCGAUGUGACGACAACAUAUGGGUCUGCAGCAUCAGCAACAUUCCUUUCGUUUAUUACCAACCCCAACAUCACACUGAAAAUGACGUCACGCGUAUUAACAAAUAGAGUCCUGCGGUUCCUUGGCGAAACAUUUUUCAUAUCUCCUACACCAUCUUAUGAGUUCUUUGCCAUGGAUAUAAAGGUCGCAGUCAAUUCAACACUUGAUCCUGGGACUUUACCAGUGUUAGUGGUGUGGAUAACAGACGAGGGCGGAACUGGUCAUUGGGAUGUGCUAGAUCAGAAAUGUGCAUCUGGAUACUAUGAAUCGUCUGGCGAUGGUUAUAUCGUUUUCAAGGAUUAA